GCCCAGGCAGAUGACGCCGGGCAAAGCCGGCAGAGCCUGCCCAGCCCCGCCGCAGCCCCAGCGGGCUGGUCGCGCUCCCUCCGCGGCCGCGCAGUCGGGUCGAGGCGGGCUCCGGUAGCAGGGCAGGAUGGACGUGGCCAUGGACUUGUACCUGGCUGUCCCGCUGCUCUUCACCGUCCUGGCCAUCGUCCUCGCCUCCGUCUUCGUGAGGCUGCGGAGGGGCGAAGGGGAGCCGGCGGCGGAGCGGCCCCGGGAGCCGGCAGCGGCUGAGCCGGCCCGGGAGGGAGAAGAGGCGGCCAAGGAGCCGGAGGAGGAAGGCAGCCGGGUGCCGGUGGAGGAGGUCGGGGCGGGAGAGAAGGGGAAGGAGGAAGCUGGAAAGCAGCAGGAGACAGCGGCGGCGGAGGUGGGCCCCGCGGCCGAGCCCAGCCCCGCGGCUCCCGAGAGCAUCCCCCAGCAGCCGCCGGCCCCCGAGAGCGUCCCCCGCCAGCCGCCGGUUCCCGAGAGCAUUCCCCGCCAGCCGCCGGCCCCCGAGAGCGUCCCCCGCCAGCCGCCGGUUCCCGAGAGCAUCCCCCGCCAGCCGCCGGUCCCCGAGAGCGUCCCCCGCCAGCCGCCGGUUCCCGAGAGCAUCCCCCGCCAGCCUCCGGCCCCCGAGAGCGUCCCCCGCCAGCCUCCGGCCCCCGAGAGCGUCCCCCGGCAGGCACCGAUCCCCGAGAGCAUCCCUCGGCAGCCACCGAUCCCCGAGAGCAUCCCUCGGCAGCCGCCCACCGAGCCUCGGGAGCCCGGUCACAGGGACGAUGCGGAGAGCAAGAUACCACCUUUGGGUGCCUCACCUGGGUCCAGCCAUGGGCACACAGGGCAAGUGGAGGAUGGAUGUGACCAUGCAGCACUUUCCAGCAAGGAGGAGGAGGAAGACCUGGACUCAGAAAAUGAGAAGCUGGAGGUGAGAGAGCCGGAGGAUGAGGAUGCUUCAGAUGAGAUGUUCUCUUUUAAAUACAGUCCUGGAAAGCUGAGGGGGAACCAGUAUAAGUCAAUGAUGACCAAAGAAGAGCUGGAGGAAGAGCAAAGGGUUCAGAGAGAGCAGCUGGCUGCCAUCUUCAGGCUCAUGAAGGAAAAAAGUGACACAUUUGGAGAGAUGUCUGAAGGAGACAUGAAGGAGCAGCUCAGACUGUAUGAUAUCUGACCAUGCAGCCAGUGCUGUGCCCAAGCCAUCUUGGCCCUUCUUAUGCAGGACACUGGAGGCUGUAGUGCUAUAAACAUGUUUCAGUAGCUGUGUUGCAGUUCCAGUUUGUUUUGCAGGAAACUAUAGGCCUGAGAUAUUUCAAAACACUUGUUUUCACCUUUCUUUUGUUGUUUUACCUUGAAGAGCUAUCAUGAUAUUUUCAUCUCCUACAGAGUUGGGUUUUUUUACCUCUUUCUGGCUGGGUCCCAGGUCUCAGUUACACAAAGCAGUUCAACUCACAACUUUUUUCCUGGCCAUGCUUUGUAAACAUGAACUUUUAAACCUAGUCUUUAGUAGUUUGACAUCUAAAGGAAACCAAAGAUGAUAGAUGUAAAAUGAAUGUAAAUCAUAGGAUCAUAGAGUAACAUGGGUUGGAAGGGAUCUAAGGAGGUCUGUAAGCUCAACCUCCUGCUCAAAGCAGCAUCAGUGGUGAGUCCAAGCCAGGUUACUCAGAGCUUUACCCUGUUGGGUCUUGAAAGCCUCCAAGGAUGGAGACUGCACAAUCUCUCUCCUGGCAGAGAGAAUUCUGAACCUACAGAUAGAAAACAAAUAGCCAAAGGCAAGGCAUUAAUGCUCCUCACCAUGCCAUUCUCAUCUCCUUGGAAGGAAAGCUCCAUCCUCCUUCAUGCUGACUCUUUGAAAGAAACCCGAGCUGGUUCCAGCUGACCUCGCUGAGCUCAUCUUCACACCCGAGAAGACAGCAGCUAACACCAGCCUGGAAAGAGAAACAUCUCUUCACCUCUUGACACUGGUAACAGUAGGAAAGAAGGGGUUUUUAAGCUGGAUUUUUCACAGGGAUGAUUGUGCCCAGCUCAGAUCCUGCUCUAAUACAAAAGUGAUGUGGGAAACUACACACUGAGGAAAGCUCCUGUGAAUUUAUCAAGCACUUGGAACGGUCUUGAAGCAUCCUUGGAUAAGAGCAGAUCAAUGAGCAUUCCCAGUUAAAAGUGAAUAUCUUCUGGUGUACUUCCCUCUCCUGUGAAAUCCUGUUAAAUACUUUAUGAGCAGGAAGGAUUUUCUCAGUUUUAGUAACUGCUGACAAAGAGAGGCAAUACUUUCUGACCCAGUUUUAGGGAAUGAUCUUAGGUUUGCUUAAACCUAAAGAUUAGGUUUGCUUUGUUUUGUGCAAUCCUUUCAAGUCUGGGAAGCCAAACAUCUCACUAUCUGGUCACUGUUUCCUACUACAAUACAUUCUGUAACCCCAUACUAUUUGGCUCUUAAGAAUAAUUUUAUCUCCUAACUGUUUUCACUUAGACUCAUACAAUCAUUUUGGUUGGAAGAGC